UAAGUUUACGCCGAUCGUCGUUCCCGACGCGCGUGCGCCGCGUGUAACACAUUCGAAAACUCAUUUAAUCCGUGAAAUAAUCCGGUAGCCAUGUAUCGAAGACGUGUGUCAACGAACUAGUCCUCAAGAUCCUCCAUCUUUGGCAGCGGAAGUCCCGCCGGAUGUCCCGGCUAUGGACAAUCCAUCAUACUUCGCAUUGCCGAACAAGGAUGUACCAGAUGCCGCUGAGGCUUCCGGGGAAGUGUACUCCAGGUCGGCACCCAGUCGCUGGCCGGAGAUCAGGGCUCUCGGGUCGCCCCGGAGGAGGGAGCCUGAGAGCCCUCGCAGGAAGGAGUUCAGGGCCCUCCUCCGAUCCCUGUCCGCCAGAGAGCCCGAGCAAGCUGAAGCGUUCCUGAAAGGGCAACCCAGACCCGGGGACUGCGCGCCUAGCGACAUGAGGCAUACCUUCACUGCUCCCAGAAUAAAGAAGGGCAAGACGCCUCUGUCACCAGCGAAAGGGCCUCAGGAUCGGGAGGAGGUGUUUUAUACGAUCCCUCUGCAGGGCCGGAGGAGGCACUCAGUGGGGGGCUACUUGGCCACGGGGGCCGCAGGGGCCGGGGAGGUGACCACAGUGCCCAGUGAAGUCCCCCGCAUGCCUCCACCGCGGUUCGGCAAGGAUGACGAGGUCAAGAGACGACGUCCUAAGAACUUUCCUUUCAAAGAGAUGGAAGAUAUAGCGAUCCUAUGGAGUUCAGGGUCGCCGGAGAGCGCGCUGUGGUCAGAAUACCUCGUCGCCAGUUUCGAUAAGAUCAUGUCACAAAGGGCAAGACACCACUACCGGGUAACACCAAUAACAGCAGAGGAACUUCUAGCCAACGAUGCCCAAGCUCAAGACAAACUGGACAAGCUAAUCAAAGCGCAGCUCCAAAUAGUAAUAAUCUGUCCGAACCUGAUAAAUAAGAUGGCUGAGCUGAAGAGGGAGACAGCUGCAGAUGAUCUGUUCAAAGUGGACAAAGUCUUGGUCAUGCUCCUUGGAGUCGAGAAGAGUCAAGUCAUUGCUAGUAAUUCCGAAGAAUACCCAUCAAUCGAGCAAUGGCAGAUGAUGUGCGUGCGCGAGAAGGACACCUCCUUCGUAGACACGUUCCUGACGGCCGCAGUGGGCAUCCUCCGCACCAAGGACUGCAAGGACACCGCCACGGACCGCACCAGCUUCUCUAUCGUACCCAAGAAAGUCAAAAUUGGCCAAAGCAGAGUGAUAGCUCUUCUGAACGAUCCGAUCAGAGAAGAAGACAGCAUCAAGAUCAUGGUGGACAAGAAAGGGGAGGUCAUCCACAUUAAUAGCUUCAAGAAGAGGAACCCGUAUACACUGCAGUUUGAUAUCCCAGAAUCGUGCCUGGAGGUGUCGAUGUUGAUAUGGGUGCGCGUGAGCAAGAACGGGCAGUCGUUGGGGCGGCGUCAGAUCAAGUGCGAGAGCCGACUGAGGGAGCUCGACCAGUUGUUACGAGCCUCUGAUCAUCCGCUAGAAUUCAUGUGCCAGACCUUGGGUUUCAAAACAAGCAGUAAAGAGCAGCUGGACAGCUGGAUGCUCAACGCUUUUCAGAAGAACAUUCCGCCGCACUUUAACCUGUUGGCGUCCACUGAACAGUUCAACCCCAAAGCUGAUGUCUCCAGCGGCGAAGAAUACCCGACGCUGCUGCACUGGGCGGCACGGUUCGGCCUGGAGCGCCUGUGCUGGCAGCUGCUGGAGUGCCCGGGGGGCGGCGCCGCUGUGGCGCUCCGCAAUGCGCGUCACCGCACCCCCGCCGACCUCGCGAGGGACUACAAGCACCAUCGCUUGGCUGAUGUGCUGGCUGACCAUAUGAAAAUAAACGAGUUCUCCAACAUGUACUAUUACUUGAAGAACAUGUCAGACAACGAUAAAGAUGAUCUUCAGGAAGAAAGGAAGCCUCAAGAGGAGUUGCGUAUUGUCGAAGCUUGUGACACUGUCGACUCGCCCACCCACGACAAGACUGAACCAAAGACACACGAAUCCACCACUGACCCGUUCAGUGAGGCCUGCACACAGAACCUCGAGAUCCCAGAGAAAAAUAUCGAAGAGAAAAAGUCACGACCAACCCUGAAAUUACCAAAAGUCAAAGAGCAGCUUUACCAAAACGAAUUCCCACUCCACGACGACACACGAGGAAGAAUACAACAAGCCAUCGAACAUGACUACUUAGUCCAACCCUCCAAUAUUAAAGUAGAAAGCCCUAAAUUUAGACCAAAUAAUUUAUACGCUAAUAGCUCGCGGUUAAUGCCGCAGCAAAACGAUAUAUUCUUAUACUCACCCACCGAAGAAUCGAAGACUUUUACCAUUGAUACGCCAACUAGCGAUAUAAGCCAAAUCAACUUGAAUACCAAAGAUAUACGCAGCAGUGGCAGCAUGAAAUCUGGGAAAGAGACUUUCCCAUUGACCGGGCAAGAAGAAUUAGCUGAAAUUAUAAACGAUUUUAAGAACAAUGUUUUCACUAUAUCGGAGGUAGAGAAGUUGGUAAUGGAGUGGAAGAACAGGAAUGAGACACAGCAGUCGCUGAAGGAAAAACAAGAACAGCUAAACAAGAUGAGGGAAGAGUAUGACAAGAUCCAACAGAAGAUAAAAGAUAACAUGAAGCGACCGACGCCGUUCGAGAGGGUGAAGAAGAUGUUCUCCAAAAACAAAAAUAAGAACCACGAUCACUCCAAUGGAACUAUUGAAAAAAGAAAUGGAACCAGACCAAAUAGCAGCUUAAGCGAAAGUUCGUCAUCUUCUGGCCGUCUAAGCACCGUCAGCGGUGGUAGUGUCGGCGAGACCAACAGCGUACAGUCGGAAAUGGAUGACAAAGCCAGAUCUAUUAUAUCAUCCAGCACGCUGACGAUGCACUCGGCAUGUGACAGCGACAGUCGUUUGGAUGACUAUCUGAUCCCGCCACCGCCGCGACCGCUCAACGGCUGUCCGCAGUUCACUACCUUCGGACACCCCAAGAAUGAUAACAGAGCCCCUCACAUGGCGACGAUAGUAGAACGCGAACCGUCGGCAUCCCGCGAGCGGUUGGACUGCGAGCCGGAUACGCACCUGAGACUCAACUUCACACGCCCGCACCACCACGCGCGCUGCGACGACCGCGACGGCGCGCAUAUGUACAUGAACAUCUCUGCUACACACACAUAACUGCAGUUAUAGAUGUCUGUCUGUAAUAAAAUGGUGUGCUAUCUGGAUCACUCGCGAAUUAAAACGGAUCACAAUAAUCCAAAUUGCACGUCUACUAGGCACCACCAUAUAUUCCCUACACUGAGGCCUGAGGGUAAAGAGUUUGUUAUCAUAGAUCAGGGGUCUUUAUUUAAAUCGCUCGCCUUCAUCUCGGAUACGAAAAUGUAUACCUGUUCUGAUGUGCUACGUGAAAUGGGUAUAUAUUUUCGAACGUGAGUUGAAGGCGACCUUCAAAAAUAUGGCCCCAGUUGUCGUACGUGUAUGCACGUGCACGUGUAGUGUAGCUGUGUAAAGCACGAAUUAUCACCGUGUAUCAACGUCCGCCAUGUUACUUCUGGUAUAUUACCUUCUAUC